AUAUCUCUCCCUUGCCAGACGGCGUUGCCUUACAAAAAUCUGACAAGAGAAACAGAGGGAGAGCUUUCAGACCAUAUCUUAUUUUACCAUUCUACCCUUCAUAACUGAUAACUGCAAACACGGUUUUGUCUUCUUCAUCCUUCUUUGUUUUACAUUUGUAAUUAGUAACAGAAAAAAAAACUCAGACGAAGAGAUAAAUGAUCGACACUGGAAGAUACCUUAUCGGCGCCGCCGGUGUUAGCGGCUUCGGCUCGAAAUCCACCGCCGAUGAGGUAACCGAGAACUGCGACCUUCGUUCCACAACAGCGAUAAUCACCGGUGCGACGUCGGGGAUCGGAGCGGAGACGGCGAGAGUGCUGGCGAAACGAGGAGCGAGGUUGAUAUUUCCGGCGAGGAACGUGAAAGCGGCGGAGGAAGCGAAAGGGAGGAUCGUCUCUGACUUUCCGGAGACGGAGAUCAUCGUAAUGGAGCUUGAUCUCAGCUCCAUGUCUUCCGUACGGAGCUUCGUCGCCGGUUUCGAAUCUCUCCAUCUACCUCUCAACCUUCUCAUAAACAACGCAGGCAGAUUAGCACAUGAACAUGCAAUAUCUGAAGAUGGGAUCGAGGUGACCUUUGCCACCAAUUAUCUUGGCCAUUUUCUCUUGACCAACCUGUUACUGAAGAAGAUGAUCCAAGCGGCAGAAGAAACCGGAGUUCAAGGAAGGAUCGUUAAUGUCACGUCCGGUAUUCACGGUUGGUUUACCGGCGACUUGAUUGAAUAUCUCCGGCUGAUUUCCCAACCUAAGUGUCAAUUCGAUGCGACACGUGCGUAUGCUCUCUCGAAGCUUGCCAACGUUUUGCAUACCAAGGAGCUCUCUUCUAGACUCCAGAAAAUUGGAGCGAACGUGACGGUUAACUGCGUACACCCAGGGGUUGUAAAAACCCGGUUAACAAGAGACCGGGAGGGCUUAUUGACAGAUCUCGUCUUCUUCCUGACAUCCAAGCUUCUUAAGACCGUUCCUCAAGCAGCAGCAACGACGUGUUAUGUGGCAACGAAUCCAAGGUUGGUGAACGUAUCGGGAAAGUACUUUACGGACUGCAAUGAAACGACACCGUCUGGACUCGGAUCUAACUCCUCGGAAGCUACCAAGUUAUGGGCUGCUUCUGAGAUUCUGGUAACUCAACAUCCGAAGGCCGCUUUCGACCCAUUUAACUAAAGAAAAACUGAAGUAGAUAUCUUAUUUUAUAUCCCCGUAGGAAAAAGAUAUAAAUAUAAUUAGCUAAGAAAAAAUAUUAUGAAGUUCAGUUAAUCCUCCGAACUUAUACUGGUAUCAAUCUCUUAACCAUAUGUAGAUGAUAUAUAUACUAGUUUUCUAUUCUAUAGUACUAAUGCGAAACUGAUGUACUUUAUAUAGUAUUUGUUUAUAUUAAUCUAAAUGAUAUGAAAAUUAAU